UCCGGCGCCGCGGCCACGACACGGGCACCGGGCGGUCGCCAUCAAGGACUUGAUGAUAGUGUUUGGCGGCGGCAACGAAGGCAUCGUCGAUGAGCUGCACGUCUUCAACACGACAACCAAUCAAUGGUUUGUACCGCAAGUGAAGGGAGAUAUCCCUCCGGGAUGUGCUGCAUAUGGCUUCGUAUGCGAUGGCACGCGACUCCUGGUCUUCGGAGGAAUGGUAGAGUACGGGAAGUACUCUAACGAGUUGUACGAACUGCAGGCGAGUCGAUGGGAGUGGAAGCGCCUGAAGCCCAGACCACCCAAGACGGGCGCCAACUACCCGUGCCCUCGGUUGGGCCACUCGUUCACACUGAUCGGCAAUCGGGUGUUCCUGUUCGGAGGGCUGGCCAACGAUUCCGAUGAUCCCAAGAAUAAUAUUCCGAGGUAUCUGAACGAUCUGUUUGUGCUGGAGAUGAGGCCCUACUCGAACGUCAUGCAGUGGGAGUUACCGCAAAUCCACGGCACGCCUCCCCCGCCCCGUGAAUCUCAUACAGCGGUGGCGUACGUGAGCCCCGACGGCAAGAGUUCAAAGCUGAUUAUAUACGGGGGUAUGAGUGGGUGCCGGUUGGGCGACCUGUGGCUCCUGGACAUCGAGUCUAUGACGUGGACUAAACCCAUCGUCGACGGUAUAGUAGUGUACGGUAUACCACCCCUCCCGCGAUCCCUGCAUUCGGCGACACUAAUCAAUCAGCGGAUGUACGUCUUCGGCGGUUGGGUACCACUUGUCUGCGAAAAUGAUACCAAAACUGGCGGCAGUGUUCAGGAGAAGGAGUGGAAGUGCACGAACACGUUGGCGGCGCUCAACCUCGAGACCAUGACCUGGGAGUUCAUCACCAAUGAUGUUCAGGAGAAGGAGUGGAAGUGCACGAACACGUUGGCGGCGCUCAACCUCGAGACCAUGACCUGGGAGUUCAUCACCAAUGAGUCGUUUGACGACUCAGUCCCGCGCGCCAGAGCCGGCCACUGCUCAGUAUCCAUCAGUACCCGACUGUACGUGUGGUCCGGUAGGGAUGGCUACCGGAAAGCCUGGAACAAUCAGGUC